AUGUCGAAUGCCUUGGCUCACCGAGCCUACGCAGAAGGUUUUCGUAUUCAGGUUGGCCUCUCCACGACAAGCCGCUGCAGUUGCAAGCAUUGCAAAGGUGCCAUCCUGAAAGAUGCGCUUCGAGUCGGUCAGCUCGUAGGAAGCCCAGCAGAGGGCAUUGGCCCAAAGUGGUGCCAUCCCGCAUGCUUUCUGGAUUUCAUCAAGAGCCGCUACGCUUCAUCUGGGGCCUGGUUCAAGAAGCAUGUCCCCGAGCCAGAGCAGAUCCCAGGCUUUGGAAGCCUGACGGCAGAUGACAAAGCGAUCAUCUCCGAGCUGAUUGAUGAAGGAAAGAAUCCUCGAGUCCUUGUGGUGACCAUGGCGGAGGUUGGCACCAAGCUGGUUUGCACCAACAUGGCUGGAAACGCCGUUGCUCCAGCAUUGAGCCUAGAAAACGCCAACAAGGCGCGAUUGCAUGUUGCAAAAGCAACAAACAGAAGGGAGGAAGAGGUUCGAUUGGUCAACACAGAUGGCAGCUUGUUUGAGGGCAUCAGCCGUGCCAGUGCAAAGAAGCGGAAAGCACAGGACAUGUGUGCAGCCGCAGCUCUGGCCGGCGCGUGA